AUGUACAGCACAGAAGAAGUUGCCCAGCAUAUGCAAACUCUUCUGAGCAGUGCUAAUGAAAAUGAAAGGAACGCUUCUCAUCAGUUUUUAUUAAAUUUCCAAGCAGCACCUGAAGCUUGAGGAAUCUGCAGGGAGCUCAUGGCUCCGAAUAUUCCUUAUAUCCCACUAUUUGUCUCUGCGCAAAUUUUUUACAAAAAAGUGCAAACAGAGUGGCAUUUAUUAGACACAAUACAAAAACAAGAGCUAAAAAAUUACUUACUUGACUUAGUUCAAUUAAACUUCAACUGUCCUCAAGCUUUUAAAAAGCUUUGCCAAUCUUUAGCCCUUGUAGGAAUUCUUUCAAUGAACUUAUUUUGGGAUACUUUUAUAGUAGACAUCCUCAAGCUUAGAAAGCUUGAAGUUGUCCUCGAAGUAAUUGACUGUAUUCCAUUCUGUUUAGAAGAAUUCAACCUUGCCAAGAAAACAGCGGAAUUCAUCAAAACCAAAGUAAGAGAGCAAGUCCAGGAUAUUUUAGAAUUUUUAUAUAUUGUAUUGUGUGAGAAAGGGUAUUUAAUCCAAAUUCUUGAAGUCCUUAAAAAUUGGAGAACCAUAACUCUACCCAUAUUUAAACAUCCAGAAUUUUUCAAAAGGCUAGUUAACGCUAUGAGUGACGUCGAAGAUGAGAAUUUUACUAACCUUUGUGAGACUUUUUGCAAUGCUUUAAACUGCUCAGAGUCUGCAAUGUUGCUACAAAAAAAUAAGUAUACAGGGAAUACCCAGGAUUUUUUAAAAAAAAUCCCACAAGAGGAAUUAAAAAGUUUGGUGGAACUUAUAGAGGUUGUUUUGACAAUUAAGCCGAAGUUUAUGAAUCAUGAAGAAUCGACAGUGAGAAGAAGAGGCUGUGACUUAAUUUUAGCAAUUUGUACAGAUUUUAUGUUUAUGCUGAUAGACUCACCGUAUACUGAAGCUUUAUGGGUUUCUUUAGCUGAGAUUACGAGCCAUAGCGAUUUAUCUAUUUGUAUGACAGGGAUUGAGUUCUAUUACGAGCUGAAAGAAAUUUUUAUUAAAAAGGUAGAUGAUUUACAAAAUAGGCCUUAUAUUUUCCAAUAUCUCUUAAAAUGUGCAGAGUCCUUAGCAUUACGCUGCCGCUUUCUUUCUCAAGACCAUUUUCUCCAUGCAGUUGCUGAAAAGGUUGAAGAAGUCCCAUUUUUAGAUUUCAGGAUUUCAGCUGAAGACGUAUUUUAUUCCAUUUUCAUGAUAUUCGAGAAGCAUCACGAAAAUAAAGGUAGAGGAUUUUUAUUACCAUUAGGCUCAUUAUUGCACCCUCCUAUAGCAGAAAAUAAUGCUGAAGUCUUUGUUUUUAUAAUGAGAAGCUUGCUAUUAGGAUUAACCGAGACUGAAAAUUUCAAAACUCUUGAAGAGGUAAGUGAUUCUAUAUAGGAUUUUAGGAAUUGUCCUGAGGUUGCCAGCUGAGCCACUUAUAGUAAAAUCUGUUAUUUUUCUAAUCAGCGACAUAGGUAG